GAUUUUUUGAAUAGGUUUGAUUACAUCCAUCAGGAACAAGCACUCUUCAUGAUUAAAGAUCGAGUUUAGAGACCCCUCGAGUCUGUCCUGGAAUAUCGAAACUGGUUUUACCGAAUGUUUGUGAAAACAAAGCGAGGUGAGCAAGUAGGAAGAGAUUUGUUCAUCGACGGACUUCGCAGCAAAACGAUGAGGGCGAAACUGAGAAAACAGUUCUCCCCCAUCAAUCACACGAUGCAGCAGAUUAUGGCCGUUGCAGAAGAAAUGGAGCGAAAGUUUGCUGCGAGUUUCCUCGAAGGGGAAAAUUACCCUAGGGAAGGAGACUCGUAUGAAUUAGCCAGGGCUAAGGCUGAGCUGGCCGCAUUGCAAAACAAGUUUGAAAACAUUGGGUUUCGGGCGAUGAACGUGACGUUUCACAACUUCGUCAACAAGACGCAACUCACUCAGGGGAUGAUUAACUUCUGCGUCAUUGUGUACAUGGACGACAUCAUCGUCUACUCAGAGACCUAUCACGGACAUGCACAACACAUCGAGUGGACGUUAGGAGCUCUGAGAGAUGCUGGGUUCAAGAUCGCGCUCGAAAAGAGCGAGUUUUUCCUUUCGGAAACUUCGUUCUUGGGCUACGUCGUGACACGUGGAGGAUUGCAGCCUGACUCAAGAAAGGUCGCGGCGGUGAAGGAAGCUCCUGUCCCCACGUCACUGACGCAGGUUCGAGCCUUCUUGGGCUUAGCCUCGUACUAUCGUCGUUUUAUCAAAGGUUUCACCGUGAUUGCACGACCUUUAACGAACCAGUUACGAAAGGACCAGCCCCUUAGUUGGGACGCAGAGUGCAAACGGGCCUUCGCGACCUUCAAGGACGCUCUGGCGACGACACCUAUUUUGAUCUGGCCGGAUCCCGCGAAGCAGUUCAUUCUCAUGACGGAGUGGCGGUCGGAGGCUAUUUCUGCUAUCUUAGCGCAGAAGGGGAACGACGACCGCGAACACGUCAUCAAAUAUGCGUCACGAACGGUGCCAGACGAGCGGAGAAAUGCCUCAGCCCCACAAGGCGAAUGCUACGCGGUAGUGUGGGGAAUCCAACACUUCCAUCCGUAUCUGUACGGACAAAGGUUUCUCCUUGUCACCGAUCACGAGCCCUUGCUAGCGCUGAAGUGACUCACUAAUUACACGGUCAUGAUUGGACGUUGGGUGGUGCGCCUACAUGAAUACGACUUCGACAUCAUCCAUCGAAAGACGGAGAGGCACGAUAACGCGGACGGGCUGACACGUCUGCAUCGACCAGCUAAAGUGCCUAAGGCAGAAGAGAUCAUCCCGUGGAACAAACCGGAAUCGGCGAA